GCUUAACGGGUUUCACCUGCCUUCUGAACGACGACAAUCCCCACAAUCCGAAAUGCUUGCACGGACACUUGCGCACGGACGUCGCGCUGCGACAGCAUCGUCCGUCUCUGCAACUUGCUCACGACGUCUCCUCGCCACCCAAAAACAGGUGGUUCCCCAAGCGGCCAACCGGGCCGAUGUCUGGAGUGCUCACCAGCAAAAGAAGAGUGUCGCUAUGACCGGACCGCGAUUCGAACAGACCGAUUUUUCCCUUCAGCCAAAUCCGCUAUCCGCGCAAGAGCUGAUUGACAAAGUGCCCGUUACGUUUGUGGAGGCCCGUCGUGUCGCUUGUAAUGGAGGUGGCGGCGCUUUGGGACACCCACAAGUUUGGUUGAACUUGGACAAGGAUGAACCUCAAGCUUGCGGCUACUGUGGUCUUCGAUUUCAGCAGAAGCAUCAUCACUAGCGUGUCCAAGUAUUAUCAAUCGUCAAUAAAGGUGUUAGAUCUUUAGAACAGUCUUCACACUCAAAACAAUAUGAGGGUUUGCGGCAGGCGUAUGUGUGCACGGCGCAUUGCUCUUAGUAAGUUUAUAUCCCUCAAAAUACACCGUCAUCCUCAUUUCGAUAUCAAAUGAGUUUCUAUCAAAAUAUGCAAAACCGUUAAAUUUAUCCCGAGGGAGGAUGAGAAGCUGA